CAGGACGUUUGGAACGACCACGAAAACGCCGGUUAUGGAUUUAAGCAACGGCCUGGAGGAUGUUGCUGUUUUAUUUCAACCACAUUCCACCAAACAGAGCCUUCCCGACUUCGAGUGAGAUUGUAAAGACAUACCUCGAGGUCGGAUUGCUGCGGUGAACACGCCAGUGUCUCAGAGAGAAGCCGAGGAGCCAAGCUCACAGCUGCCUUUUAAACAGCUACUGCAGGAGGACGAAAACUCCAAUGAUGUCUCCGUACUCCCCAGGCAAUGUUCCAGGACCAGGGUGCACCGCGGACCCCAGUGAAGUGACACUUCCCGGAUGCUCCUGCCGCUCCCACCAGUGUUCCAUCGAGACCUGCUCCUGCCUGCAGAGCCACGGACAAGCCUACGCCAGCAACGGCAGGCUGCUGGGCGUCAACACGCCGGACGCCAACCACUGCACGCCGGUGUUCGAGUGCAACGCCCUCUGUCCCUGCAGUGACACGUGCUCCAACCGGGUGGUGCAGGGAGGACUGCGACUGGCCUUGCAGGUGAGCAGCACGGACGGGAGGGGGUGGGGAGUGCGCACUCGUCAGCGCAUACCACGAGGGACGUUCGUGUGCGAGUACGCAGGAGAGGUCAUCGGCUUCGAGGAGGCCAGACGUCGACAGCUCGCACAGGGAUGUGAGGAAAACAAUUACAUCAUCGCCGUACGGGAGCACGGCGGCACGGCGGCCGUCGUUGAGACAUUUGUGGACCCGACCACUGUGGGAAACGUCGGUCGCUUCCUGAACCACUCCUGCCUGCCCAACCUGUUCAUGGUGCCGGUCCGGGUGCACUCGGCGGUGCCCAGAUUGGCGCUGUUCGCCGGCCGGGACAUCGACGCCCUAGAGGAACUGACGUUUGACUACUCGGGGGGCUACAGAAACCAAACACCCGGACAGAUGCCGGUCACACAAACACCCGGACAGAUGCCGGUCACACAAACUGAUCAGGCCAGUAGGACAGUCCGGAGGAAAGUAUGUCACUGCGGUGCCAACAACUGUGAAAAGUUCCUUCCUCUGGAUGCAUCUAUUUUAAACUAACCUACAAACCCCGUUUCCAUAUGAGUUGGGAAAUUGUGUUAGAUGUAAAUAUGAACGGAAUACACUGAUUUGCAAAUCCUUUUCAACCCAUAUUCAGUUGAAUAUGCUACAAAGACAACAUCUUUAAUGUUCAGACUGAUAAACAUUUUUUUUUUUUUUGCAAAUAAUCAUUAACUUUAAGUGAAGUGAAGUGAAUUAUAUUUAUAUAGCGCUUUUCUCUAGCGACUCAAAGCGCUUUACAUAGUGAAACCCAAUAUCUAAGUUACAUUUAAACCAGUGUGGGUGGCACUGGGAGCAGGUGGGUCAAGUGUCUUGCCCAAGGACACAACGGCAGUGACUAGGAUGGCGGAAGCGGGAAUUGAACCUGCAACCCUCAAGUUGCUGACACGGCCGUUCUACCAACCGAGCUAUACCGCCCCACUUUAGAAUUUGAUGCCAGCAACACGUGACGAAGAAGUUGGGAAAGGUGGCAAUAAAUGCUGAUAAAGUUGAGGAAUGCUCAUCAAACACUUAUUUGGAACAUCCCACAGGUUUGCAGGCUAAUUGGGAACAGGUGGGUGCCAUGAUUGGGUGUAAAAGCAGCUUCCAUGAAAUGCUGAGUAAUUCACAAACAAGGAUGGGGCGAGGGUCACCACUUUGUAAGCAAAUUGUCGAACAGUUUUAGAACAUUUCUCAAAAAGCUAUUGCAAGGCAUUUGGGGUUUUACCAUCUACAGUCCGUAAAAUCAUCAAAAGGUUCAGAGAAUCUGGAGAAAUCACUGCACGUAAGCCAUGAUAUUAGGGACCUUUGAUCCCUCAGGCGAUACUGCAUCAAAAACCGACGUCAGUGUGUAAAGGAUAUCACCACAUGGUUUUAGGAACACUUCAUAAAACCACUGUCAGUAACUACAGUUGGUUGCUACACCUGUAAGUGCAAGUUAAAACUCUACAAUGCAAAGCAAAACCCUUUUUUCAACAACACCAAGGAACACCGCUGGCUUCGCUGGGCCCGAGCUCACCUAAAAUGGACUGAUGCAAAGUGGAAAGGUGUUCUGUGGUCUGACGAGUCCACAUUUCAAAUUAUAUUUGGAAACUGUGGACGUGAUGUCCUCCGGAACAAAGAGGAAAAUAACCAUCCGGAUUGUUUUGGGCGCAAAGUUUAAAAGGCAGCAUGUGUGAUGGUUAGGGGGUGUAUUAGUGCCCAAGGCAUGGGUAACUUACACAUCUGUGAAGGCAUCAUUAAUGCUGAAAGGUACAUAGAGGAUUUGGAGCAACAUAUGUUGUCAUCCAAGCAACGUUAUCAUGGACGCCCCUGCUUAUUUCAGCAAGCUAAGUGUUACAACAGCGUGGUUUCGUAGUAAAAAGUCCUGGUACUUUCCUGACCCGCCUGCAGUCCAGACCUGUCUCCCAUCGAGAAUGUGUGGCGCAUUAUGAAGGGUGAAAUACGACAGCGGAGACCCUGGACUGUUGAACGACUGAAACUCUACAUAAAACAAGAAUGAGAAAGAAUUCCACUUUCAAAGCUUCAACAAUUAGUUUCCUCAGUUCCAAAACGUUUAUUCAGUGUUGUUAAAAGAAAAGGUGAUGUAACACAGUGGUGAACAUGCCCUUUCCCAACUACUUUGGCACAUGUUGCAGCCAUGAAAUUCUAAAUGAAUUAUUAUUUGCAAAAAAAAAAAAAGUUUGAGUUUGAACCUCAAAUAUCUUGUCUUUGUAGUGCUUUCAACUGAAUAUGGGUUGAAAAGGAUUUGCAAAUCAGUUUAUUCCGUUUAUUUUUACAUCUAACCAGAUUUCCCAACUUAAAUGGAAACAGGGUUUGUACAUUACUAACACGCCCCACCCCUCGUUGAAACCUUCAUAUUCAUACUUUGACAUCAUCUUCAAACAAGACAAAAUGUCAGUCCGUCUUCAUUACUGAGUUCCUGAGAGAACUCUUUGACAUUUCUGCGUACUCUUGAGCAGCGUUCAAGAACACCUACUUCCUGUCAUGCUGCCCUUACACUUGAUAUCCCACCUGAAGAGCAUCCUGAGGACCACCAGCAUAUCCUAUAUUCAUCUCAAUAGCGAGGAUAUUUUCAGUCUUCAUGACAGUAAAGCCGCAAAGCGCAACCAGAGUAACAAAUGUCAUAUGACUCCAACCCACUCAUUUCUGUCAUCCUAAACAGUCUCUCUAUUCUUGCUAUUCUCAGUUUUCUCAUCGCUCUUGGACCUCAGGAGAGGUGCAACCAAUUAAAAGGGGCCUAGGGGUGUUUGGAUUUAGAAACACGUUUUAUUCCCAAGUCUAAGGAGGAGGAGUGUGGGUGUCCCACUUCAACGUGACGGUUACUAAAAUCAGGCCCUCCCUCUCAACGUGGCCCAUUUCUCGUCUAGACCUGCUUUCAUUUUAGUAAUAAUUUCAACAUCUGGGUUAAUUAGAAUAGAGAAAGAAAUGGGACCAUUGCUUGAGAAAGCAGAGAGAAACCUGCCAAGUUGUUUUUCCACAAUUAUAGCAAACCCUGUUUUAGAAAUCUUGUUUUUUUUUCCUAUUUGCAUGAUCUUAAUUAUGAAAACUCUUAUAUUUUUAUUUAAAUAUUACAACUCCCCAAGGGUUAAGAUUAGCUCAGAUGUGAACUGCCCAGCUGCCAUUUUAUUUGUCACCUUCGCACACUUUGUGUUGGUGUAUCAACCAGAUACAUUUUUUUGGUGUCUACCGGAUACAUUUUUGGGGAAAAAAAUGUUGCAAUAUUGUGAGAAAAAGGAAUAUCCUGAGAUUUUAUUUUAUUUUAUCUCACAAGACAAAAUUAUAUAAUUUGAAAAGAUUAAAGUGAGACAUUUUGUAAAAAAAGGUAUUUUAUAUUUUUAGGGAAAAAAAAUGUAUUAUGUGACAAAAAAAGUAAAGUAAAAGGGUUAUGCCAUUUUACAUGAUUAAAGUCAAAUUCAUUAUAAAAAAAAAAGGAAAAUAAAAUUCUGAAAAAAUUGCAAUAUUGUGAGAAUUUUUUUUCAUUACAUACAACAAUUUUUAGGGAAUAUUCUGAGAAUAUUUGUAAUAUUUAUAAUUCGUCCCAAAAAAUUUUUUUAAUUCUAAUAUUUUGUGAAAAAGGUAAUUGUUUUUUUGUUUUUUUUGAAAAAUGCAAUACUGUCAGAGAAAAGUAUUGUGCGGAAAUAUUUCAAGAAAAACAAAGUUUUUUUUUUAAAUGCAAACAGUGCCAUUCUACGUAUCUAAAGUCAAAUAUAUAGAGGAUUUUUUUUAGAAAACAAUUGUUAAUAUUGUGAGGAAAAACGUUGUCAUUGUAAAAAAAAAGUCAAUUGUUUUCAGAAAUAAAUUGCAAUGUUGUGAGAAAAAGUUUUCAGUACAUACAACAAUUUUCAGGGAAUAUACUGAUAUUUUUUGUCUUAUUUUAGAAUACAAAAUUAUGUAAUUUGUCUAAUAAACAAAAAGGUCAAAUAUUUUGUGAAAAAUUUAGCAUUUUUUUAGAAAAUCCUUUUGAAAAAUUUUAAGAAAAAAAUUGUUGUUGUUUUUUAAGAAAAAAGGGCCUUUUUACAUAAAGUCAAAUAUGAAAAUGUGAAAAAAGUAUUUUUGAAAAGUUGCAAUAUUGUGAGAAAAGGUUUUCAUUUCACACAAGAAUCAGUAGGAAUAUUGUGAGAAUUUGUAUUUUAUUUUACAAGACACAAUUACAGUAUAAACAAGAAUAAGGUCAGAUAUAGUGUGAAAAAAGUAUUUUUUCAGUAUGAACAAUAAAGUCAAAUGUAUUAUGAAAAAGGUUUGUUUAAAAAAAAAAGUUAAUAUUGUGAGAUAAAUAUAUUUUACAAUAUUUAUGCACUGGAGGGAUAUUUUAAGACAAAAAUAUAAAUUUUACAACAAAAUAUAUGUCAUUUUACAUAAUGAAACAUUGUGUUCGUAUGUUUUUUUUUGCCAAAAAGAACAUGCUUUUCACUAAACAUCUGUUUUUUUUAAUUAUUUUAUUGUGUUAUUUUUAAUUUAAUUGUGACAUUUGUUUUGUUGUAUUUUUUGUGCUGUGUAUAUACAUAUAUACAGUAUAUGCGUACAGUAUGUACGUGUGUGUGUGUAUGUAUAUAGUAUAAAACGUGACAAAAUAUAUGUACAUGUACAACGUUAAUUGUAGUUAUUGUCCAGUGCGGAUGCUUUAAAGGUGGCCUUUUACCUCAAAUCCUCAGUGUCAUGCCGUGUUUAGUUUUUGCCUUUUUAUCGUCAAUAAUGCUGUAUGUUUUUUAUUUGUAUGUGUGUGUGUGUGAAUGUGUAUGUUUUUUUUAUUUUCUUCUAUUAUUGUUGUUUAUUUUGUUUUGUUUUGUCCAGCAUUUUGUGCUUGCCACUUGCCUGUGCAUGAAAAGUGCUAUAUGAAUUCAGUUGGAUUUGAUUUGAAUUGAAAAUAAGCCACCAUGUUAUUGAAGAAAGUUGCAAGUGCCAUCUCUUUGAUAAAGAAGGUGAGAAACACGAAUUAAUUCAAGAAAGAACCCGUAGCGAGUUACUAAGGUGGCCUCCGCAUAGUUCACUCCUCCUCGCCGUCCAAAGAAAUUCUCAGAAAUAAAUGGAUCAUUUUUAAA